AUGACGCCCCAGCAGCUGGCCAGCGACUCCCUGGCAACUGACCGCACGGUGGCCGUGCGCCGACCGUGGCCGUCGGGGCAGGAGGGCACGCAGCUGGAGGCGCCGCCGAGCCUGCGCCGCAGCGCCAGCCUGGGCGCGCCCUCCAUGCUGCUCGCCAGCCGGCGGCAGGAGCCGGCCAUGCCCUCCUACCACUUGUUUGCCGUGUUUGAUGGCCACAACGGCGCAGAGGCAGCCCGCUUUGCCGCCCACACCGUGGCGCACAUCGUGGAGGCCUUCCUGCCUCCCUGGGGCGCCUCGGAGCUGUUCCCGGCGGAGCCUGCUGAGGAGCGGCUGGCGGUGCAGCUGCAGGAGGGCCUGGCGCAGGCGUGCCUGGAGCUGGAGCGCCAGUUUGCCAUGACGGGGUGCAUGUCGGGGUGCACCGCCACGCUGGUGCUGCAGGUGGGCCGCAUGCUCACGGUGGCCAGCCUGGGCAGCGGGCGCUGCGUGCUGGACCCAGGAGACGGCGGCCUGCUGGCGCUGAGCAAGGAGCACCACAUCUCCCGCAACGUGUCGGAGCGGCAGCGGCUGCUGGCGGCGGGGUGCAACCUGGCGGCGGUGGACGCCGGCGGCGUGGGGCCCGCUGACGUCGCGUGGCGCGGCAGCGGCGUGCUGCGCGUGUGGCCUGGCGGCCUCACCCUCUCCCGCUCCAUUGGCGACUUUGCCAUCGGCCAGGCGGUGCUCCUGCCCCCCAGCGGCGGCCGGCUGGUCCUGGCGUCGGAUGGCGUGUGGAGCCAGGCGGGGGAGCGCCUGCUGCGCACGAUGCACACCGCGCCACUGAAGACGGCCGCCCACGAGGUGGUGCGUGCCAUCAGCACCAGCAGGGACAGCCGGGUGGAUGCCAGCAUCGUUGUGGUGGAUGUGCUGCCGCCCGGCGACAGCUUCCAGUCGCUGUGCAAGCGGCAGGAGCAGGGGCCCGCGGCGGCUCCCGCAGCAGCGGGGGACCCGGGGCAGGCGCAGGCUGGGCGCGGCGGCGGGGGCAGGGGAGUGCUGAGGAUGCUGGGGCUGGGCAGGUCUAGGAGCAGCAAGGCAGCCGCAGGCCCAGCACCGGGCGAGCUGGCGCUGCCAGCCAACGCUGCGCCAGCUGGCGCCGCCACAGUGCUGGCUGAUUUCGACAUGGCGGCGCUGCUGGGACUGGUCCCGCAGAUCCCUGCCGUGGCUGGCAGCAGCCGGGGGAGCAGCCUUGUCCCCAGCCCAAGCCUCAGCCGCACCAGCAGCAGCAACUCCCGGGCCGGCGCACUGGCUGCAGCGGCGGCGGCGGCGGCGGCGCUCGCGCCAGCAGGGCACGCGCCUGCCGAUGAGCAGCGCAGCAAGGCGCAGCAGGCUGCCCCUGCCUGGUUCGAUGAGGAGGUCGAGCUUCAGAUGCGGAACACGCUGGCGGAGGCGCACCAGCUGUGGCAGCUGGCGCGGCGCCGGCGCCAGGCCGCCGCCGGCACCGCCAGCCGGCAGGACACCCUGCAGCGCCUGAGCCGAGCCUCCUGCUCUGAUUCGGAUCUGCUGUGGGUGGAGGAGGCGGCAGCCGGCGGCGCGCUGCCCUCCCCCAGCCAGCGCCCCGCGCCGGGCAGCGGCAGCAGCGGCAGCGGCUCCGAGGGCCUUCCAGAGGCGUCCCCCUUUGCGGCCGCGGCGCCCCUGCCGCGGCGGCAGGCGGCACACCACCAGGCAGCGCUGGCCUCGGGGGCCCCGCUGCUCCUGCGCAGCCCUUCCCUGCCCAGGGCGACCAGCCAGCCAGGCCUGAUCAAGCAGCACAGCAUGCCGGCAGGGCGCGGGGCGGGGCUGCCGCCGCUGCCGCCCACCCCGGCGCCCGGGCAGGACCGCGGUACCGGCGCCGGCGCCGGCGCCACCAGGCGCAGCGACAGCGAGGACGACGCCGCCAGCGACUCUGGCCAGACGGUUCUCUCUUAUGCCUCCAGCUCUGGUCCUGCUCCCGCCGCCGCAGACUGGGCGGGUGGCGGCCACGGCCACAGCGACAGCAUGCCACGCGGCGCCGCUGCCAUCGCCGACCUGCUCGCGCCCCGCCGCCGCCUGCCGCCGCUGCACGCGGCGGCGGCGGCGGCGCAGCGUGCAAAGCAGAAGCAGCCGUCACCGCGCCAGCUGGCAGCCUCGCCCAACAGCCGCUGGCUCAAUGCCUACAACCUCACCGCUGGCUUCUUCACAAAGGCUGGCAGCGGGUCCAUGCGCCGCCACUCCUCCGCCGACACGCUGCUGACAGGCGCCAGCCGCGGCUGA